GGAAGUUGAAAGAUUUGUUGGUAGUUAGCCGAAAAAAAGAGACAGCAGAGGAUGAUGCAGCACACGUGACCAGCUGACAAGAGAAAGCAGCCAGCAGCCCCGAAGUAGUCUCAAAAGCCAACCAACCAAAACCAACUAACCAAAACUAGGCUGCAUUCAUUUGCAUUUUCUCUUUCUCUUUUCUCUUCUGUGUCAUAGCAUAGCAAUAGGAACAGCAACAGCAUUAGCAUUAUCAACCCUACAAUGGAGGCUCCAAGUGCAUGCUGGGACACGUGGCUCGGAGAGGCACUCGCGGCCCUUCACUCUCUCAAAGUCCUUCGCUCUCUCAGACCCAUUUGCCUCCGCAACCACACCCCUGACGACGCUGCGUUCCAAGUGUUCGACCAAAUGCACCAAUGGGACCGCUCCUCUGUUGAGGUGGAAAUUGCUCACACCACGUUUUCUAGAUGGAUGCAUGACACCCCGAGUUCUGGUGAUGAGAUUAUUUGUAGUGCAGCUGAUGGUGAUGAUGAAGCAGGGGCAUCUUAUGAGAAGUUUAAAAAAUUAAUUUUGUUUUCUGGAAAUGAUUAUCUAGGCCUGAGUUCCCAUCCCACUAUUGGAAAGGCUGCCGCAAAGGCAGCCGAAGAACAUGGUAUGGGGCCAAGGGGUUCUGCUCUUAUUUGUGGAUAUACCAAUUAUCAUAGGCUACUUGAGUUGAGCCUUGCAGAUUUGAAAAAGAAAGAGGAUUGCCUUCUUUGUCCCACAGGGUUUGCUGCCAAUAUGGCCUUGAUGACGGCAAUAGGAAGUGUGGGUUCUCUCUUAGCUCGGAAUAAUGUACCUUCAGAGGACCAAAAGAUUGCUGUCUUUUCUGAUGCAUUAAAUCAUGCAUCAAUAAUUGAUGGCAUUCGUCUUGCUGAGAGGCAAAAAAGCGUAAAGGUGUAUGUAUAUAGACACUGUGACAUGUCCCACCUCAAUAUGCUAUUAUCUAAUUGCAGCAUGAGGAAGAAAGUUGUGGUGACUGACAGCUUGUUUAGCAUGGAUGGAGACUAUGCGCCUAUGGUUGAGCUAGCAGAACUUCGCAAGAAGCAUGGUUUUUUGUUAGUCAUUGAUGAUGCUCAUGGAACAUUUGUUUGUGGCAAAAAUGGUGGUGGUGUUGCUGAGGAGUUCAACUGUGAGAAGGAUGUGGACAUAUGCAUUGGUACACUAAGUAAAGCUGCUGGUUGCCAUGGAGGAUUUAUAGCAUGCAGCAAAAGGUGGAAACUAUUAAUACAAUCAAGAGGUCGUUCAUUUAUAUUUUCAACUGCUGCACCGGUUCCAGUUGCUGCUGCUGCUCAUGCUGCUGUGGAAGUGGCAAAACUUGAGAAAUGGCGUAGAGAGGCUAUUUGGAACCGGGUGAAAGACUUCCAUUUACUUACAGGAAUCCCUGUUACAAGUCAUAUUAUAUCCCUAAUCGUAGGCAGUGAAGACAAAGCACUUCAAGCAAGCCGUCUUUCUGGAACAGGCAUUUAUUGCAAUGUGGCUUCCACGUGACUGCAAUCAGACCACCUACUGUGCCUCCUAACUCAUGCAGGCUGCGAGUGGCCCUAAGCGCAGUCCAUACAAGGGAAGAUCUGGAAAACCUAGCAGCUGCACUCUCAAGUUGCAUCAAUUUCCAAGAUACCCGCAUAUAUGGCUGCAAUAGCUAUGCAAGACUGUAGCUAGCUUUUGAUUCUUCCAAGAUGAAUUGCAUCAUCAAUGAUUGAGACUAUGCCGUAAAUAAGUAUACCCUUAGUGCCGUCAUUAGCAGUUGAAGUCAAUUAUAUUCCGUUUAUAGUUGUAGGCUGCUAGCUUAUUCCUUCAUGUUAUACCAAAAUGACAAGCUAUUUUGUCAACAUCUAGAUAAAUAUUGUUAACUAAAGGUAUCUAUAUGUAUGUAAUUUUUAUCAACUUUUAGUUUAGGUUGUGUUUUUAAUACAAUCAUUAGUCAUGCAUUAUUAAUGACAUCAUUA